AUGAUGAGGAAGACGACGUUCAAGGGAGCGAAUGUGUUCAUCUCUAGGAAUUUAGUGCCGCCUGAGAUAUUCGAUUCGCUUCACGACGUUCUGAAAGAUAAUGGAGCUGAGAUCUUCCUGUGUUGUGAUCCUUCCCGGAAUGGACCUGAUGAUUACCACGUUAUCGCCGCUCGAGAUCAUGAAAAGUUGGAUGAUCUGCGCCAGAAAGGUUGUAAUUUGCUUGGUCCUCAAUGUGUUUUUUCGUGUGCAAAAGAGCAUAGAGAACUGCCAAAACAAGGAUUCACUUGUUGCCUUGCGAUGGAUGGAGUCAAGAUACUGGCAUCUGGCUUUAAAAUGGAGAGAAAGGAUGAGAUUGACAAGUUAGUGACUGCUAUGGGAGGUUUGUUGCAAACUAAAGCAUCAUCAGACAUUAGCUUUGUCAUUGUGAAGAAUGUACUAGCUGGAAAAUAUAAGUGGGCUUUGAACAAUUUGAAGAAACCAAUUGUCUCUGAGAAUUGGCUGCACCAGUGCUGGAAAGAGCAUCGUGUUGUUCCUCAUGACUCAUACCGAGUUCUUCCCUUUUCUGGGUUGACAAUUAGUGUCACCCAAAUGCCUUCAGAUGAGCGUGAGGAGAUAAAAAAGAUUGUCCUACUCCUACAGAAUGGGGGAAAAUAUUCUGCUGAACUCACAAAAAAGAGUAGUCAUCUAGUGACAAAUACAAGGUUGCAAAAAGAUGGGGUCACAUUUGUAUUGUUACUAGAACUUGGUUCUACCAGUCUGUUGCUAGAAAAGCAUGUUUGA